AUGAGGGUGUGGUCAUGGGAGCAGUGUGGCGAGACGGGUGUCAUCCUGCUGGGCUUCCUAACGUUGGUGGUGUCUGUGGGAAACCUGUCCACCAGGGGGCUGCAGGAAGAUGGUGUGGCUUCCAAUAGUCUGGAGGAGGAGCUAGAGGUGACCACGUAUUGGUGGGGAGAGUGGGCCAAGUGGACGGCUUGCACUCGCACAUGUGGAGGAGGCGUGAUGUUACAGGAAAGACAUUGUCUCAAACAGAGAAAGAAAGUUGCUGCUGGGAAGGACAACAUGACCUGUACAGGAACAGCUAAGAAAUAUCGCCUCUGCAACACUAAAGACUGUCCUUCUACUGGGCGGAGCUUUAGGGAAGAACAGUGCUGGUCCUUCAACUCCCAGCUUUACAAUGGGCGGAACUACCAGUGGAAACCUCUGUAUCCUGACGAUUAUGUUCAUAUCUCCAGUAACCCCUGUGACCUUCACUGCACCACAACUGAUGGCCAGAGGCAGCUGAUGGUGAUGGCACGCGAUGGCACUUCGUGCAAAUACAGCAGCUACCGCGGCGUCUGCGUGGAUGGUAAGUGUGAGCCAAUCGGAUGUGAUGGAGUGCUGUUCUCCUCGAACACACUGGACAAAUGUGGUAUCUGUCAGGGCGACGGCAGCAGUUGUAGCCGAGUCACAGGAAAUUUUCGUCGCGGGGCUUCAACUCUGGGUUACUCCUUCAUCACUCAAAUCCCUGAAGGAUCAUGGGACAUCCAAAUCAUUGAAAGAAAGAAAUCUGCUGAUGUUCUAGCUGUGACUGACCAAGCGGGCAACUUUUUCUUCAAUGGGGGCUACAAAGUGGACAGUCCACAGAAUUUCCAUGCUGCAGGAACUGUGUUCAAAUAUCGCCGACCCAUGGAUAUAUAUGAAACUGGGAUUGAGUACAUCGUUGCCAAAGGUCCCAUCGACCAGGCAAUCAAUGUUCUGGUGUGGAACCAGAACGGUCGUACACCGUACAUCACCUAUGAAUACACCAUCCUCCGAGACUCCCUGCCACAAGGACCUCCUCCUCCCAUCUACACUGGUGCCGACAGCUCAGCCGGAGACGUCUCUAUGGAGGUGAGGGGCCUGCUGGCCCCCAACAGCAGUGUUUAUGACCAGACGGGUCUUGACACCCAGCAGGGUCAGAUUCUGCUAGACCGGGGCGGCACUGAUAAAGGCCAAGAGACCAACGAGGUGUAUGAAGAAACGGCGGCCAUCAACUGUAACCAGGACGGAGCAGCUGCUCCCAAGUUUACAGAAGGAAACAGCAGUCAUGCAGGCAGCACUGCUGUUCCUGCUCCUGUUAGUGGCUCCCUAGACCCAGGGCAAGACUCGCCUAACCUCAUCUGGAGGGUCCUGCUGGAUGACCGCAUUGGCGCAGAUGAACUCCUCAUCAACAUUUCAACAAAUCAGCUUCUGGCCGAGGGUGACAAUUUGUUUUCAACAGAGAUUGGAGCAGUGGAGGUGGACCUGAGUAGCCCAGAGCGAGGCGGACCAUUUGUUCUCAACAGGACCCUGGAGUUCAUUCUCGGCCACAAACGCAACGACAGUGGAGAUGGUGCAUACCUCAAUAAAACUGUGCUGACUGGUGUGAGGAAUCCAAGUCGCUACAACCGAACCAGGGUUAAUCAGAGGCUUUAUCAGAAGAACCUUAAACUGAGUGCUGCAGACAUGUACCGCUGGAAACUGUCCUCUCAGGAGCCCUGCAGCAUGACCUGCUCUAUAGGAGUGUCCAGGUCAUUUGUGGCAUGUGUUCGCUACGAUGGCGUGGAGGUGGAUGACAUGUACUGUGAUGCUUUGACCAGACCAGAACCGGUCCAUGAUUUUUGUAUUGGCAGAGAAUGUCAGCCCAGGUGGGAGGCGAGCAGCUGGAGUGAGUGUUCCAGGACCUGUGGGGAGGGUUUCCAGUUUCGUCAGGUGCGUUGUUGGAAAAUGCUCUCUCCUGGUCUGGACAGCUCGGUCUACAGCGACCUCUGCACCAUUGCCGACCUGGAGAGGCCUGUGGAGAGGCGAGCCUGCAAGAGCCCCGCCUGUGGGCCGCAGUGGGAAGUGGCCGAGUGGGCUGAGUGUCCUGCAAAAUGUGGCCGCAAAACACAGGUGUCACGUGAGGUCCGUUGCUCUGAUGAGACCAGAUCAUGUGACCCAGUGACGAAACCACCUCACAUCAAAAACUGCACUGGGCCACCCUGUGAACGACACUGGACUGUGUCCGAGUGGGGACCCUGUUCAGGGUCAUGCGGCCAGGGGAAGAUGGUGCGUCAUGUGUACUGUAGGACACCAGAGGGCCGUGUAGUCCCUGAGACCCAAUGCUCUGCAGAAAAUAAGCCGCUGGCCAUCCACCCCUGUGGAGAGAGAGAAUGCGCCCCCCACUGGCUCACCCAGGACUGGGAGCGGUGCAACACCACCUGUGGCCGCGGUGUGAAGCGGAGGGUUGUGCUGUGUGCUGGCAUCAGCGGUGGGAAGUUUCAGAUGGCUGAUGAUGAGGUGUGUGGCGGCAGUGACAAGCCUGAGGAGGAAAACACUUGUUUUGAGAGGCCAUGUUUCAAAUGGUACACCACCCCCUGGUCUGAGUGCACGAAGACGUGCGGCGUGGGAGUGAGGAUGAGGGAUGUGAAGUGUUACCAGGGCAGGGAGCUGGUCCGAGGCUGCGACCCCCUCACAAAACCAGUGGCCAAACAGACCUGUGCUCUGCAGGCCUGCCCAACUGAGCCACCAGAUGAGAACUGUCAGGAUCGGCCGUCCACCAACUGCUCGCUGGCACUGAAGGUCAACCUGUGCAGCCACUGGUACUACAGCAAGGCCUGCUGCCACUCCUGCCGUGCUGUACGACCUUUGACCUCCUAGUUAGAUGAGCAGUAUCUCUGCAGCCUGAUUCUAAUUCCAGCAUCAGGAAACAAAUUGAUAGAUUUACACGCUGCGGUACUGUUGUUACUGUGAAUAACAAAAGGACGAGUUUACAACACAAGUUCCCCAAAAUAAAACAGUUGUUAAGCUCUAGCCCCCCCCCCGUGAACUUUAACUGGAAGAAGCAGUUAAGCAGUUUUACAAAAUCCAUGCAUGGAUUUCAGUAUUUCUCAACUCCACCUUCACACUUUAUCCCUAAAUUACAAAAUUGUCAACUAGAAACCAAACCAAAGCUAUUCAGCGUGAUUCCCUGUUAAAAGAUAUAGUUCCUGUUGUUAUGUGGUGAAAAGAUUGGCCACAUUUUGUAAAAAAAAAAAAAAAAAAAUUUAAUUUGCAAUGUUCUUCACAUCAUGGCUCCACCCUUUUAUUUAAAUCAACAUCAAAAUGUAAUGUCAUCUUUACCAGCACUGGCCCAAGCUGUAACACUUAUUUUAUUGUCAAAAAUGGUUCUGUUAACACGCCCUACCUCACAAUUUUUGGAAAAAAAAAAAAAACAUUUCUGUGUUGCCCCGUCCCUUUUAUGGAUGCACCGCAAAAUCAAAUGUUUUCUACCCGUGGCUACAACUGUCAUUUUCACACAUUCUUUAUCUUGUGGGGGAAAAGACAUCAUCCUUGAAGGAGGUAAUAUGUAAGAUUUUACACAUUUACAAUAUGUUGGUUCCUCAAGUGGUUUAUAUAGAGGUUGACCAGAGGUGCAACACCUUCACAUAACAGAAUGUUGAACAUGUCAUCUGUAAACCCUGUGACGAGCAUGAGCUGUUACAGAGUCUUUGCCUGUUAUGACAGAAAAUCAUAGACAGAGGAAGGCUCUCUGUGUUUCAGCGCUGCAGUGAACAGAUCUAUUAAGUUAUUUCUCAAGUGAAUAUACUGCAUGAUUAGAAUAUUUAAUACAGAUACUGUUGGUAAAUAUUAUUUAAUUGAGUUCCAGACUGGUGUCUUGCACGGCCCAACAAGAAGUGAAAAGUCUGCGUUGUUUCCAUUCCAGCCCUGAUUGUUUGGUGCCAUGCUCUUCGGCAUGACUGCAGCUUAUGGAAGCGUAUUUAUUAGCCAUAGCACGUUUUCAUUUAUCGCGUCACUCCUGAUGCUGACUGAUCCUUUGGAUUACUCAUUGUUUUGUUGUCUGUGUGUAAAACAUGUUAUUCCAAACACACACACAUUGAUUCCUGACACUUGAAGAAUGGUUGAAGUGUACUCGGACGUGAACGUGUAUGUCUCAUUUUUAGCUAUUGUGUACUGUUUUUAUAUAACUGAUACCUCUUUGUACAAAAAGUAUUGCAAUUGUGUACUGUUGAUAAUAAAGUGAAAUCUUAAAAUGUAC